GAGUCAAGUCCAUUUUCGAAAUAGACAACAUGGAUAGAGAUAAAUGCACAGGGAUUCUCGCUCUAAAUUUUCAACCUCUACCAGUUUCUUUAUAGAUUUCUCUCCGAUUUCUUUGCCCAAUUCUAGGGUUCGUUUUUACCUUUUCAACAACACCCUCUGCCGGUAAAUCUUACUGGCAAAUUGCAUCAACUCCAUGUCCACUACAGCCAUGAGAGCAAAUUCACAUGAUUCAUCUUCACAAGAACAAUCAUUAGACAGGGACACUCAGUCUGAUGAAGUUUUAAGUGAAGAAGAAGAUGAUGUCAGCAAAGAAACACAUAACAAUGUGUCAUAUUUUCCUUCAGAUACAUGUGCACAAGAGCACCAAAAUUUUCAGCAUGACAUACUUCCAAGAAAUGAAGAAACCCUUUCACAGCCACCACAACUUGAACUUGUCAACCAAUCAGUUGCUCCUUAUUAUGAUCCGUAUUAUGGUGGGAUGAUGGCAGCAGCUUAUGGUCAACAUUUUGUUCAUCCUCAGUUUGUUGAUGUGCAACAAGUGAGGAUGCCAUUGCCACUUGAAAUGGCACAAGAGCCUGUUUAUGUGAAUGCUAAACAAUAUCAUGCAAUUUUGAGGCGAAGACAAUCACGUGCUAAAGCUGAGCUUGAAAAGAAACUUAUAAAAGAUAGAAAGCCUUAUCUUCAUGAAUCCCGGCAUCAACACGCGAUGAGAAGAGUGAGAAGUUCCGGUGGUCGAUUUGCAAAGAAAACCGAAACCGAUGCUUUAAAAAAUACAAGUGAUGACGUGGCAACAGGUAUGAAGCGCGUGCACUCAGAGCCAGCUGUAAGUUUCGGGACCCACACCAACCAAGAAACAAGGGGUGGCGGAAUGGUAAAUUCAUGCAAUGGUGGGGCCCUCAGGUAUGAAAACCAAGAUGGGUUUCAGGAGGGAGGUUCUUUAGGGCAGCAAUGGUCAACAAUACCUUCUAGUCAAAAUUCACAGAGGGCAGUUGCCAUGAAAUGAAAUGAUAUGAUAUAUCGUAUGAUUUGGCUGGCAAAUCAUUCUUGGCUGUUUUUAUGUGGAGAAAGGGUAAAAAGGUAAAUGGACUUUUUAGUGGGCUCUUACUUAUUAUCGGAUUCUUUUUUAGUGUUGUGUACAAAAUAUAAUGUUGUUGAUGAGCUCUUGAUUUACAUCUUAUAUGAUGUGAUGCUUUCGUUUCGUUUAGUUUAGUUUAGUUUAGAGGUUGUUGUAAGAAUAACUGUUUGCUUUUGCUUUUGCAUUCAGAUAAUUAGUUAAAUAGCUUUUAGGAGGCACCAUAA